AUGUCGUAUCAGAGUAUCUUACUGCGACAAGUCAACUCAUUGUGUGAUAAUCUAGAAGAAGUUGCAAGAGACGAAAAUGGAGGCCUGAUAGACAUGGCGAUGCAGAGCGACUACUUCACUUUCGAUGUUAUGUCAGAGGUUAUCUUUGGCAUGGCAUAUAACGCUUUAAAAGACACUAGCUACCGUUUCGUUACUGGCGCUCUGGGAUCCUCCAAUAUUCGUAUCGGGACCCUAGUUCAAUCUCCUUUGCCUGCCAUGUGCAGAAUCGAUAAAUACCUCUUCCCCGAGUCUAUCCAAGGCCGGAAUAAAUUUCUUGGCUUCAUUGGAUCGUUGUUGCGCGAUAGGUCCAAGGCCUCGUUUGCGGGCAACGGAAAUGUCUUUUCCUUCUUAGAAACGGCGAAAGAUCCUGAUGGCGGCAAUCAAUUGAGCAAGUCUGAAAUCAGAGCUGAGUGUGCCACUUUAGUCGCUGCAGGGACCGAUACCUCAUCCUCGACUCUUGCUGCAACUUUGUUCUAUCUCAGUCGUAAUAGCAAAUGCUAUAGUCGCGUGUCUGAGGAAGUUCGAAAUGCAUUCUCAAGCCACCAAGAUAUCAAAAUUGGACCUGAGCUGAACUCUUGCGUUUACCUACGAGCUUGCAUUGAAGAAACACUGCGAAUGUCUCCUCCUGUUGGGGCAGCUCUAUGGCGGGAGAUCGGACCAGGCGGGAUGAAUAUUGGUCCUCUCACUUUGCCUGCCGGUGUUGACGUCGGGACAGGAAUAUACAGCCUGCAUCACAAUGCAGCCUAUCAUCCAGAGCCUUUCAAGUACCUACCGGAGCGAUGGCUUGUUGGUGAAGGCUCCAGCACCAGCGAAUCAGUAGAGUUGGCCAGGAGUGCAUUUGCGCCCUUCUCUCGGGGCCCCCGGAGCUGCGUUGGCAAGGGCUUUGCAUAUCAUGAACUGACCUUGACUAUUGCUCAUAUUCUUCACCGAUUUGACUUUUCUGCUACAGAAGAGGACUUUGCAUUGAGGCAUGGUUCUGAAGGACCUGGUGGCAUUAAUGAGUUUUUACUGCACGAUCAUGUAACAGGUGCCAGAAGUGGCCCCUUACUUCAAUUCUCUAUGCGCAGAUAG